AUAUUGAAUUAAAAUACCAGCAGCUUUAAAUUUAACACACUUGUAUCCAUUUCUACUAAUAUAGAUUAAUUUUCAUCUCGGGUUAAUUUUUUAUCUGUAUGUUUCGGCUUAUUCUUUAUCUUUUUCAAUUUCCCAGAACAAGAACAAGAUAAAGAAUAGAAGUUAAGCCGAGAAAGUUAAUCUCUACAUUAGUAGAAAUGGAUAUUAAUCGCUCAUCAGGCCAAUUGACCUGUCAAUUUUGACCUACAAUAAUCGCAGAUAGACAAAUUAUGUGCAAAUCAGCACAUUCUGAUUUUGAAAAUGUAUGAUAAAUUAUAUAAUUUCUCGCAAACUUGAUAAAUUCUGAUAAAUUUGAUAAAAAUUCUUGACACAAGAAAUUGAUAGGAAAUUGAGAGAAGGAUGGAAUAAAAUCACUGCAAAAUUUUAACUUUGAAAAAUUUGGGCGUGACUGGAAGUAAACAUAUCUCGUUAAAGGAAUUUACUUCUUAUGAGUAAAUGCACGAAACUAAACCUCUUCGGAGAUAAGUUUUUUUCGUGGAAAGUAAAGAUAGAACACUAUAAAAACACACAUAUACACGCGUCUUUUUAGAGGUAGCAGGGAUUUUGCAGGUAAUAAAAUUGAUUGUGAUCGGGCAUUUCCAAGAGAUCAGGAAGUAAUGAUAAGUUCGCACGACAAGCAUACAUACAUAAACGCGUUCAGGGUCGGGUGGAAAGGAAGUAGCUUGACUGAAACGAGGACUCAGGAGGAUUCUUCUCGCAUUACCCUACACUAGAUGUAUACACGUCCGUUUCUCAUUGUUCAAAUUUAAGUAAGUCGAGCGAAUAGAUUAAUAUACGUAUAAAAUUACAUAAAACACGCUUCCUUUAAUCUAUAGGCACGUAUUUAAUUCCGAGCCUGAAUGUCUCGUAAUUAUUUCUAAAUUUUUCUUGAAUUUCUUACAAAAUUCCUCUAAAUGCAACUUUAUCAGAUUUUCUUGAUUUUUCUUCGUACAAUCCGAUCCUGAAUCCCCAACUCGUUGUGACUAUGUCAUGACGUUUUCCGCGCAAACAUGUGACGAGUCAGUAGUGGGGAAGAGUGGGGCUGGCUAAGGCAUUCUCCUCUAGCGUGUCUCUUCAUGAAUUCAUGAUCGCUCCGACUUCAGUUCUGCCUCUUCUCGAUCGUCGCUCAGACCGCUCCAACUUUACUUCGUACCAAUUACCGAGACGUCACUUGAUUAUUCAUUUUACUGGAACUCUCUGAGAGAGUGUCAAACAAUGUCGUUCCUCACGGUGAUAUCAUUGCUGUCGGCGAUCAGCAUGAUUUCGGCACAAUGUCUAACAGGAGAUGACGUCCCCUCGAUGAUGGACCCGACGUCGAGGAUGUCGCUGACGGACGCCCGUUUCGGCUUCGCGCUCGACAGCCUGAGGAAGACCGUGCUGAUCGAGUCGAGGGACAACGUCUUCUUCAGCCCGCACAGCAUACACGAGGCCCUGAGCCUGGCGUACUUCGGCGCUCGCGGCACCACCGAGGAGUCCCUCAAGCAGGCCCUUCACAUACCGAAUGAGCUGACGAAAGUCGACGUGCAACGCUACUACGCCCUCGAGAGAUCGCUCAGUCAAUUACGUGUCCAGAUGGGUGGAUCCGCUGAAGAUUCCUACGAUUUCAGGAUCGCCAAUAGAUUUUGGAUUACAAAUUCCAAGAAACCGCGCGAAUGCAUGCUCGAUUUCUUCGGCGAUCAGAUGGAAGUAACCGAUUUCCGUACAAAUCCCACCGAGGUGAGAAAUCAGAUCAAUAAUUGGGUCAGCAAUAUAACGAAAGGCCACAUUCGCGACCUCUUGCCGCCGAACAGCAUCACCGAGGACACUGAUCUGGUACUGGCGAACGCGGUCUACUUUAAGGGUCUGUGGGCCUCUCGUUUCGACCCAAAGGAUUCGAAACGCGACAUCUUCUAUACUUCCAGCACGCAAAAUUCUUUCACCACCUUCAUGCAUCAGACAGGGAAUUUCAAUUACGGUGUCUCUGAAGAGCUAGGUGUAUAUAUCUUGGAAUUGCCAUACAAAGGUAACGAGGUAUCGAUGUUCGUGCUACUCCCUCCGGGAGUAUUCUCUGCCGGGCGAUCGGCUCAGAAUCCUUCUAACGAGCCGCAAGACGGCAUCCGUCAACUGGUGGAACGUCUGGCGACGGAGAAGGGUUCCCGGGAUUUACGCGAGCUGCUGGACGACGGAUUGCUGCAGCACGAGGUCGUGGUCAGCCUGCCGCGUUUCGAGCUCGAGCGAGAGCUGCCGAUCGGUCAGCUGCUGCACGCCCUAGGCGCCGGGGAACUGAUGACACCCGGCGUGGCCGAUCUGCGCGGCUUCGUCGCGGACGGCGAGCAAAGCUUGCACCUCGGCGACGCGGUGCACCGCGCCCGCAUUGAGGUCACGGAGGAAGGCACCACCGCGGCCGCGGCUACCGCCCUCUUCACCUUCCGCUCGAGCCGGCCCACCGAGCCCGCCGUCUUCAACGCCAACCACCCGUUCGUCUACCUGAUCUACAACAAGGCUGAUCACACCAUCCUCUUCACCGGCGUUUUCCGCACACCCGGCUCAUCCCAAUCGACACCGCUAACUCCCGGUGCUGUUUAGACAGAUGUUUACGAAAAAAACUCGUCCUUUAAUUUAAAAGACAGUCGGGCCGUGGAGUCUGAUAACGUGGCGGAGGUUAAUAAAUUCGUUUUUUCACUUCUUCGUCAAUUGACUCGUAUGGCGUUGAACUAUUUUUGUUGAUGAUAAGAGAUGAUCUUUUGGAUCCUGCAAAGCUGGCGUUGUUGGUCUUUAAAUCCGCGCGAAUUUUCGAAGAAUCGAAAGAAGGACUUUAUAUUUGCCGGCGAUUUUUCGAGAGGCGUUUGCUGAUUAAUGAAUCUCAUUAAUUUAAAUUUUAUACUUUAUGACGUCUUAUAUUAAAUGAAAACGAGUGUUAUAAAACAAAAUAAAAGUGUAUACGUUAAGGCGUCAAUAUUACUUACUGAUAACAUAUGGAUAAUAAAUUUCGACGAUCUCGCUGACUGACUGAAA